AUGCCGGAGGAGGAAAACCGAGAGGAAUUAGCCAAAGUGAUCCGACAGUGGAACAACAACAGACUGGACCUGUUUGAAAUCAGUGGACCUGAUGAGAGCUCGCUGUUUCACGGUGUGAUGCGUUUCUACUUUGAGGAUCGUGUUGGAGGAAAUGUGGCCACGAAGUGUCUGCGCGUCUGCAGCGACUCUGCAGCGCACGAGGUUAUAGAAACACUUUCAGAGAAGUUCAGGCCGGACAUGAAGAUGCUGAGUACGAGUUAUUCCCUGUUUGAGAUCCACGGCAACAAAGAACGUAAGCUGGACCUGCAGGAGAGCCCUUUGCUUGUGCAGUUAAAGUGGAACACAGACAGCAGAGAAGGACGCUUUGUGCUGAAGAAAGACAGUUUGGAGGAGAGAGGAGGCGUGAUGCAGAGCUUCAGGAGGACGCUGUCGAGGAAAGAGAAGAAGAAAGAGAAGAACACCGCUAAAGAGGAGAAAGGGUCAACUGAAAAGCUCGUGAACAGCAGCAGCACCUGUGUGUCCGACCAUGAGACCAACCCCAGAACGCAGCCGGCCGGCCCGGGAGGAAACACUCAGCCUGGAUUACCGCUCGCAGUUACAUUCAGUGCAUCCUCGGAGGAAGCCUUCCUGUCUGCGGUCAUAAACUACACCAACAGCUCCACGGUUCACUUCAAGCUCUCGCCCGCCUUCGUGCUGUACGCUGCGGGACGCUUCGCUCUGCAGCGCCACGCCAGGACCGGCCCGCCACACGCACACGGUGUUACUGUGAUCGCAGAUAAAAUGGUGGCCAUGACAGGGAAGGUCAUCCAGAGGCAGCAGACCCUCGCCGGCGCUCUCGCCUUCUGGAUGGCCAACUCCUCCGAGCUGAUGAACUUCUUCAAGCUCGACAAAGACCUCGACCAGCUCACACGGCAAAGUCAGCUGGAUCUGUCCCGCCUGGUGCACAGAGCUCACAGCUUCCUGCUGCAGUGUCUGCAGAGCGACUUAAGGAAACACUUGCCAACCUUUCUGAUUGAUCCUGAGCAGCACGGCGCUCUGCCAGCUGGGAUAGAGCUGGUGCUGAACACCUUGAUGAACACGAUGUCUCUGUUACGGCGCUGCCGGGUGAACCCCGCCCUCACCAUCCAGCUCUUCUCCCAGCUCUUCCACUUCAUCAGCGCCUGGCUCUUCAACCAGCUGAUGAGCCCGGAUGCCGGCGCCCCAGGCCUGCGCUCGCACUAUUGGGGAGCCGCUCUGCGCCAGAGGCUCACAGCCAUCGAAGGCUGGGCGGAGCGGCAGGGCCUGGAGCUGGCUGCUGACUGCCACCUGGGACACAUCAUCCAGGCAACAACGCUCCUGACCAUGAACAAGUACUCAAUGCAAGACGUGAAGGCCGUCCAGAAUACCUGCUUCAAGCUGAACUCACUGCAGCUGCAGACGCUGCUGUCCGGCUACCUGUACGCAACCAAUGAGCCUCACAUCCCCCCCGACUUGAUGGAUGCUGUGGUGACGGCGGCGGAGGCCUCAGCAGAUAACCUGAUUCGCAGCGAAGGACGGGACGUCCAGCUGCAGGAGAGCCUCGACCUCCAGCUGCCCUUCCUGCUGCCGGAGGGAGGAUACUCCUGCGACACCAUGACAGGAAUCCCUCCAGGGUUCAGAGAGUUUCUGGAGCCAAUUUGCCAGAAAGGUCUCUGCUCUUUAACUCCUCAGCCCAGCUCUGAAGGAAAGUGGAGUGUGUGCUUCAGAGAAGCGUCCUGUGCAGAGAGCACGUACCUGGCAGUGCACAGAGAGCCGGAGCCGGAGACGAUCACGCUGAACAAACCUCUCAACAGCGGGAUGGGGAUCAGCAUCGUGGCUGCAAAGGGAGCGGGGAGAGGGAACCUCGGGAUUUAUAUCAAGUCUAUUGUCAAGGGAGGUCCGGCUGAAAUGAACGGCCGGUUGACAGCAGGCGAUCAGCUGCUGAGGGUGGACGCUCACAGUCUGCUCGGCCUCAGCCAAGAAAGGGCAGCAGCGAUCAUGAUGCACACCGGCCCCGUGGUGACCUUACAGGUCGCAAAGUGUGGAGCGAGCUUCCACGGCCUGGGAGCUCUGCUGAGGGAGCCAGGGAGGAGCGCAGAAGGCGAUACAGGUCCCGUUCAGCCGAGCGUGGAGGCUCCUGCAGAGCCGCUGCACGGAGGCAGCCGGAGGAAGAGAGAACAGCUGAUGCAGAAAAACAGACGACUGUAUCGCUCCAACCCCAACGUGACCGAUUUCCCCCCCGAUGAGGUUGAACCUGUAAUGAGAGGAAACAACAUGGCCGCUGUCUCCAGUGUCGACCUUUGUACAGCUGAAACGUUUCACAGGGAAUAUUUGACCCUCCCGACCCCGAGACCCUCCCAGGACCAGAACAUAUCUGAGUCCAGUCGACCUCUGCAAACAUGCGACGUGUCUCUAACACCUCCUGACGGACAGCGCUGCAGUAAGAGGACCUUCAUGCGCCAGGCUCUGUCCCAGGAGAACUUGUGUGUGGACAGUGGGCGCCCCCUGCUGGACAGAAGGCAGACGGAGCAGCGUGCCAAACAAACCCUGAGCCUCUACUCAUCUUUCCCGCUUCGCUUGAGUGUUUCUACUCACGACAUGCUCUCAGAUAGUUCUUCUCCCGCAGCACAGCAGCAGCAGGGCGGCCGAACAAGCGGCGCCGGCGUCUGGAGGAAUCCCUUCCCACAACAUCCAACCCCGACGCCUUGCAGCCAGCCCAUACGCAUCGACAUCCCCGUCCCCCGAGCCGUGAGCACCAAUCCACCUCUCACCACCUUCCAGAGCUCAGCUUUAGUGGCGGCGAGGAGGAGCCAGACCCUUCGAGUGGAUAAGAACAGAGUUCAUCAUGUGUAUGCGUGCCCCGUGAAGCUGCCCCCGCCCUCACAGCUGCAGCAGAGACCCACCGCACGAGCUGCAAAGCCUCAAGUCAGCAUCAUGCCAACGAAACACGUCUCAUUCCAAGACCCCCCCGCUCAGCAGACGCAGUGCGACCCCUGGAGGAGGGACGCCCAGGAGAAGCUGGAGAAGCAGCAGAGGCUCCACGUGGUGCAGCUGCUGCAGCAGGAGCUGCAGGAUCUGCAGGGGAAGGCGAGGCGCACGCCGGAGGAGAGCGGCCGGCUGCGGAGGCUCAGCCUGGAGUGGCAGUUUCAGAAGAGGCUGCAGGAGGUUCAGCAGAGAGGAGAGGGCGAGGAGGACGAGGAGGACGAGGAGGACGAAGAUCUGCACAUGAUGCUGACCAUACAGCAGCUGGAGAACAGAGCACAGAGGAGCUGUGCGGAGAACAUCAACACUGAACUGAAAGAGUCUGAAGAGCAGACAGGAAGUCAUCGCUCCCAAAACGAAGACAAGACAAAGACGGAUCAAAGACCCGAGCGCACCGAGUCGAGACUUUAACAACACGGCAGCAAAAGAGAAGCAGGAGGAGGAAACGAAGCGAGCGCCGGCUCCUGAGAAGCUCACGUUCAAGGAGCGGCAGCGUCUCUUCUCUCCGGCGUCCAGCGCGUAAAGGAAGGUCAAAGCAACAGUAUAUAGUCCCGUGUAAUAUUUACU